CCGACUUUUGAUUAUGGACUAAGCCAUCGAACCGAACAUUCUCGAACCUUUUUAAACGGCUUUCCUUAUUUGUUAAAGGAAAAGGAAAAGUAGGAGAAAAGAAUCAUUCCUGGACCGUCAGAUCCAACUCCAAAAGAUCGUGCGGUUACAUAGCGAGCCAUCGAACCUUCUCGAAACUCGAGUACAAGACUCUAUAUAGACUUCUCCUUCGACCUGAUAUUUUGGAAAAAAGAAAACAAACCUAGCCGCAAUUCACAAUUCCUCUUUCACAAUCUUUCUUUCGAUUUUUUAGCUUAAUCCUGAGUAGCGUUAACAAUGGCUGGUAAAGGAGAAGGUCCAGCGAUUGGUAUCGAUCUCGGUACCACUUACUCUUGCGUUGGAGUUUGGCAACACGACCGUGUUGAGAUCAUUGCUAAUGAUCAAGGUAACAGAACCACACCGUCUUACGUCGCCUUCACUGAUAGCGAACGGUUGAUUGGUGACGCCGCAAAGAAUCAGGUCGCCAUGAACCCGAUUAACACUGUUUUCGAUGCGAAGAGGUUGAUUGGUCGAAGAUUUACUGAUAGCUCUGUUCAAAGUGACAUCAAAUUGUGGCCCUUCACGCUCAAAUCUGGACCUGCUGAAAAACCAAUGAUCGUCGUUAACUACAAGGGAGAAGAUAAAGAGUUUUCUGCUGAAGAAAUCUCUUCUAUGAUUCUCAUCAAGAUGCGUGAGAUUGCUGAAGCUUACCUUGGUACAACGAUCAAGAACGCUGUUGUUACUGUUCCAGCUUACUUCAAUGACUCUCAGCGUCAGGCUACUAAGGAUGCUGGUGUUAUUGCUGGUUUGAAUGUUAUGCGUAUCAUCAACGAGCCUACUGCAGCUGCUAUUGCUUACGGUCUUGACAAGAAGGCUACAAGUGUUGGUGAGAAGAACGUUUUGAUCUUUGACCUUGGUGGUGGUACAUUCGAUGUCUCUCUUUUGACCAUUGAGGAAGGUAUAUUUGAAGUGAAGGCGACUGCAGGAGACACUCAUCUUGGUGGUGAGGAUUUCGACAACAGAAUGGUGAAUCACUUUGUUCAAGAGUUCAAGAGGAAGAACAAGAAGGACAUUAGUGGAAACCCGAGAGCUCUAAGGAGGUUGAGAACCGCCUGUGAGAGAGCGAAGAGGACUUUGUCAUCUACGGCUCAGACCACCAUCGAAAUCGACUCUCUGUUCGAUGGUAUUGACUUCUACGCUCCUAUCACCCGUGCCAGAUUCGAGGAGCUUAACAUAGAUCUCUUCAGAAAGUGUAUGGAGCCUGUUGAGAAGUGUCUUCGUGAUGCUAAGAUGGACAAGAACUCAAUCGAUGAUGUUGUCCUUGUUGGUGGCUCAACCCGUAUCCCCAAGGUCCAGCAAUUGCUCGUUGACUUCUUCAACGGCAAGGAGCUUUGCAAAUCUAUCAACCCCGAUGAGGCUGUUGCAUAUGGUGCUGCUGUCCAGGCAGCUAUUCUCAGUGGUGAGGGUAAUGAGAAGGUUCAAGAUCUCCUCUUGCUUGAUGUCACACCACUAUCUCUUGGUCUUGAAACCGCUGGAGGAGUCAUGACUGUCUUGAUCCAGAGGAAUACAACCAUCCCCACAAAGAAGGAGCAAGUCUUCUCAACUUAUUCAGACAACCAACCCGGUGUUUUGAUCCAAGUCUAUGAAGGCGAGAGAGCAAGAACCAAGGACAACAACCUGUUGGGUAAAUUCGAGCUUUCUGGUAUCCCUCCAGCACCAAGAGGUGUUCCUCAAAUCACUGUCUGUUUUGACAUUGAUGCAAACGGUAUCCUCAACGUCUCGGCUGAGGACAAGACAACGGGGCAGAAGAACAAGAUCACAAUCACCAACGACAAGGGAAGAUUGUCAAAGGACGAGAUUGAGAAAAUGGUUCAAGAGGCAGAGAAGUACAAGUCGGAGGAUGAGGAGCACAAGAAGAAGGUGGACGCCAAGAAUGCUCUUGAGAAUUACGCAUACAACAUGAGGAACACAAUCCGUGAUGAGAAGAUUGGCGAGAAGCUUGCUGGAGAUGACAAGAAGAAGAUUGAAGACUCAAUUGAAGCAGCCAUUGAAUGGCUAGAAGCGAAUCAGCUAGCAGAGUGUGAUGAAUUUGAGGACAAGAUGAAAGAGCUCGAGAGUAUUUGCAACCCGAUCAUAGCAAAGAUGUACCAAGGCGGUGAAGCUGGUGGUCCAGCUGCAGGAGGAAUGGACGAGGAUGUUCCUCCUUCUGCCGGAGGUGCAGGUCCCAAGAUUGAGGAAGUCGACUAAUAACUUUCUCUCUUACUCUCUUACUCUCAGUCUUUAUGUGUUUGUAUUUCAACAUUUUCCUGUUUUGUCCCCUAGUUUUUUUUUUCUUUUUCUUUCUUGUAUUGACUCUAUUUUGAGGGCUCGCUUGUUUCGAUGAGCUCCUUAUUUUUUUUAAUCUAUAACAGGAAUGUUUUGAUUAAUUCUGCAAGGUUUUUAUUCUUUUAGCCUUUUUAACUUAAGAAAGAUACUUUAUCUCAAAAACAAUGAGAUACUGUAACCGCAUGAUUCAAGUCUCCCUUUGGAACUCUGGUGAGUUGCUUUGGAAAAAGCUUGCUGAGAUUCAACAACAUAAUCAUCUAAGAUUGACUAUUAUCUGUGAUUUGUUGAUUUUAGAAUACUCGACACAAAUCAUAAUCCACCAUACUUCAGCAACCAAGUUCUAUUCGUUUAUAUCGUAUGAUUUCAAGAGUUAAAAACCCAUAAAAGACAUCGGUUGGUGUGGGUUUGAUAAGGUUUAGCUUGGGAUUGGCAAGGUCGGGAAAUACAUUUGAUGUUGUCUGAUCAUCGUGGAAGCCCAGCUGGGCUUUCUCGAUAUUCACCGAUUCCAAGAAGAUCCUGCAGGAAAGAAAAAAACAGCUUCUUAGGGAACAGCUUCUGGAUGAUGUUUAAGAUUCAACAAGUACAGUCUGUGACAAAAUGACAUAGCAACUUGCUCAAGUAACUGGAGCAUUAGAAGUGGAAGUUUACCUGACAAGCCCUGUUUUUGGCUCUGGUCUCCGCUGUGCUAGGGAUAUCGUGAUUCGGUUUAAGAAAUUUCUUCUCACGUCGCUCACAAGAACCCCAUCCGUCAGCGAAUCUUCCUCCACUGCGAGACCCCAUCAACCAAAAGGUUAAACACCAAUUAAUCACUACACACUAUUUGCUAAACACACCAUCAAAUUCAAGUUUAUAUAGAAGAACAUUACUGCAUAAUGGCUC